AUGGAUUUCUUGUCAACAUCACUGGCGGCAGCAGGUCUGAACGCCAAGACUCGGGUCAUCUACGGGAGUUUCACAACACUGUAUUCGCUUGGAGCGUCGCCCUGGAAGACUCAAUCCGGCGCUAUAGCCUUUCACAUGAUCUUACACGACAUAGUCCAGGAGAUACACAAACUGGACGAGUGGUCGGCUUUCAGAGACAUCAACAGUCAAUUUCUCGCGAACGUCGAUCCAACUGACGUCUUCUCCAACACAUACACUCUGAAGAAGAGUGAUCUGUAUCUGAAGAUCGCAAAGCCAAUGCAGCCUGCACUGGCAGUUCGUGCGCAGGGCACGAACUCACUUGGGGAGUCUAAGAAGCUCGGUUAUGUCAUCAAAGCAGGUAGCACUUGGCUAGUCGAGAGUGUCAAAGCUAUCUUGUGGGAGCUGGAAAUCGAGCACACUGAGCAUUCUGAUGAGAACGUCAUCGUCUGCUGUCUGAACAGAGACCGGGACGGACUAGCAUGCUCUGAGGGUGAUUUGAUCGGUUUCUGGAAGGUGCAGUUCCGCAACAUAUGUGGGGUGAAAAUCUCCAAUGUCAAACGGUCUACGCGAAAGCCACCUCCCGCUUACAGAGCAAGGUCACUGAUGGAUUUUGACCCUUCAGUCGAUACGGUCGAGUCCAGGGAUACCGUCAAAGAGAUGUUGGAACUCGCAGAGGCUCGUUCGAAUUCUGUAGCACCGAUUGAUGACAAGACUAGUGUACAGUUCGACUUACGAUCUUGGAAACCCUGGGUCAGCUUGAUGUUGAGCGCUUCCCGCUUCGGAAGCCCCUCUGAGCGGGUGCAAAUGGUGAUCAUCAUUUCGGACUUCGGCUGCAGCUUGCAUGCUCUGCGUUCGAGACCUUUUGGCGGUCGGUAUGGAAGGAUACGGCGCGUAUUAGCUGAAACGCUCGCUUGUGCUCCCCACAUGCAAAUCCACAUCCCAUCAUUACCAGGCGAUCACCGAAUAUAUUUCCAGCCGCAUCUUAAACGCGCAGUCGCCGGCAUCGGGUGCUAUCCUCUGCUAUUCUUUACCGCUGCACCACAACACAGACAACGAUGA